AUCAAACAGCAGAGUAGGCUACAUGGCAUCCACAACAUACGCAUCAGAUAAGGCAACCAAUGAAACUGGUAGGGCUAAACGGCAUCCUCUCAGCCUCGCCCAAUUGUAUAAUUUUAAACGAAAUCAGAGGCUUAGACACGCAAAAAAAAUUAAUCACUCGACGGGGGAAUCUGCCUGCUAGCAUCAAGCAAAUUGCGACAAUUCUUUAUGGUUGCAUCGCAAACAAGGAGAUAAUAACGAGCAAGAAAGAAAUGGCUGAAACGACGACAGAGGAUGUUUAUGAUGAUGCUUACGAGGAGAAACCGGGCCCGAGUCCUCCAGUGAAAAUCGUAUGGAGAAACGUUAUAUUAAUGUCUCUUUUGCACCUAGGAGCUCUUUAUGGUCUGAUGAUUCUUCCAUCUGUCUCAUCUUUAACGCUGAUAUGGACGGGAGUGUGUUUCAUGCUAAGCGCUCUAGGAAUAACCGCCGGCGCCCAUCGCCUUUGGAGCCACAGGUCCUACAAAGCAUCAUUGCCACUACGAAUGUUCCUAGCAAUUGGAAACUCCAUGGCUUUUUCAG